AUGUCCCAAGGUGUUGCAUUUGUGACUGGAGCAACGGGUCACCAAGGCGGCGCUACUGCACGUGAACUUCGAAAGUCCGGAAUAGAAGUUCAUGCGCUUGUCCGAAAUCCAUUUUCUGAAUCCGCCGUUGAGCUCCAACGGCUGGGAGUCCAACUAUUCCCUGGCGAUUUCGACAACAUAUCCUCACUCAAAGCCGCAAUGCAAGGUGUGACUGCGAUAUUCCUUAACGUAUCGCCCACGCGUUCCGACCCUGCACGCGAGGUGAUACAUGCCAAGAAUAUCAUAGAGACUGCCUCUUCAUCCGGCACUGUCACUACGAUUGUUUAUUCCAGUGUUGCGAUGACGGGAAAACACGAAACUUUCCCGAACUGGGGCCCUGACUAUCCAAUGGCAUGGUAUUGGCAAAGCAAAGCUCAGAUUGAGUCCCUUGUACGGGAAUCUAACGCUGAAUACUGGACUAUUCUCCGACCCGCAUUCCUUAUGAACAACUACCACAUGCCGACAGCUUCCUUUAUGUUUCCUGACUUGGUUCAGAAAAGGGUCUUUUUGACAGCAUACAAGCCUGGCACUGCUAUGACCUUAGUUGACCCUGGCGAUGUUGGGAAAUUUGCUGCUGCAGCGAUUGUUAACCCUUCGGCCUUUAACAAACAUGAAAUAGACUUGGGUGUCGAAUCUCUUACGCCAGCCGAGAUCGUGAAGGAGCUGACUUGCGUGAGUGGAAAAGACGUUGCUCUUCAAUUUUAUAGCGAGAAAGAAGCAGCAGACCUCGCAGCGAAAAACCCGGUACUCCGUGCCCAGCUGUGGGCAAACGAUGUUGGAUACCAAGUUGAUUUUGAGGGGCUAUUGAAGUACCCGAUUCGCUUGACCACAUUUUCUGAAUAUCUAGAAACCCACCGGGAUGAGGUUAUGCACACAUUUAUCUGA